CCCUACGGAUAUCAGAACCAGCAGAACCAGGGCCAGUAUGGCUACCAACCCCCAGCAGGGCUAUGGAGGCUAUCAGCAGGGUCCUCCCCACCUCAAUACGGCGACAACCAGCAGCAGCACCAAUACGGCGGCAGUCAGUAUGGUGACAAUCAGUACAACCAGCAAUAUGGCGCCCCGGCGCACGGCGGAUUCCAGCACGGCCAGUAUGGCGGACCCGAGUACGGUGGACCUGCCCCGCCACAGCAUCAAGCAUACGGUCAAUACCCGCCUAGCGAUCCAUCUCACCAGUUCCCACAACAAGGAGCCUACAAUCAGAACCCCCCACCUCAAGACCCCAACAACCCUUACGGUAAUCAGCAACAUCAGCAAAGCCAGUAUGGCCCCACCGAUCCGGCCGCAGGUCAAGAGGGCGAUCGUGGUCUUAUGGGAGCAGUAGCCGGCGGACUCGGCGGCGGUUUGCUCGGAAACAAGGCAGGUCAUGGCAUCAUCGGAACGAUUGCCGGCGCUUUCCUGGGCUCAAAGGCGGAAGACAAUACGGAGGUGGUCAGCAACACCACGGCCAACACUCGCACCACAACCAGAAGUGGUAGAGGCACUCGCACGGCCAUUCCGGCAGUGCCUGUCCACAAUGCCAAAUACUUCUUUGCCUCACCCACAUACAACAAAUGGGUGAAACUCACAGCCGCCGAUGUCCACGCUCUGCGUGAAGUGCCCGGUUUUGAAGGUCAAUAUGUCUUCUUCCACCUCAAUCACCCCAUUCGCUUCGUCUACCUCGUCGCCCCUGUGGUCGCAAUCCAGGAGAUCCCAAAUACAAAAUUCCUCAUCUUGACUCUAGACGACAGCAGUGGCUCCUGUAUAGACGUCAAGAUUGAGCGUGUCGAUUCCGCCAGGAUCAUUCCUGAUAGCACUUCAAACACAACCGUCGCAAAUGUGAAUAUCGACACUCCGUUCAACAGCAACACGGAAGUCAAGAUUGAUGGCCAGGUCGUGGAUAUUGCAACUGUGCUGAAGGUCAAGUGUACCAUCGGCAGUUUCAGGGGCGUCAAGCAGUUGGUCUUGAAGAGGUGUAAUGUUAUCAAGGAUACCACCGAGGAGGCUGCAGCUUGGGAGUCUUUGGCUCACUUCAAGAGAGAUGUGCUCGCCAAACCAUGGAUGUUGGAUGCUGCCGAACAGGUCGCUCUAGAUGCACAACUCCAGCAAGAAGCCAUAAAGGAGCAAGAAGAGGAACGGAGGGAGCGACGCAGCCAGAGAGCUCACCAGAAGCGAGAAGAACUACGAGCAGAGAGAAGACAAGCUCGAGAAGAAGUGAGGGAGCAAAAACGGCUGGCUGCCGAGCAAAAAUUCAACCAAGGUGCCUUGAUC